AGAUUCCGAGAGGGGUGAGGGGCUUCGCUGGGCACCCAAAGGAGGGGUGGGGGAGGCAGCCCCGACCGUGGGGGGCGGAGAGGUGCUCCCGAGCCUGCAUUGGGGCAGCGGAGGGCAUGACCUGAGAGGAGUGGGCUGCCUGUGUCAAGGCGUUGUGCCCCCUCCGGGCCCUGACGUGGGGGGAGAAGGGGCCCAUCGGCCCAGGAUGAGCUCUUCGAGGGACGCCGACAGCAAGUUCCCUUUGCACGGCUUAGUCUGGAAUAAUGACUUCCAGAAGCUGGAAGAAGCGCUGAAGAACAAGCAGGAUGUGGACCAGCGGGAUCCCCGUGGCCGGACCUCAUUGCAUCUUGCUGUUUCUUUGGGAUACAUCGAGUCUGUCAGAGUCCUCCUGCGGCAUAAAGCAGAUGUCACCAAAGAAAAUGCACAGGGAUGGACAGUCUUGCAUGAAGCUGUCAGCACAGGGGAUCCUGAGAUGGUCCACAUGAUCCUGCAACAUAGGGAUUACCACCAGACGUCCACCACUCUUGGUGGGGUCCCAGAGUUGCUCCAAAAAAUUAAUGAGACACCAGAUUUUUAUGUGGAAAUGAAAUGGGAAUUCACCAGUUGGGUUCCGCUGGUUUCCAGAGUUUGCCCCAGCGAUGUUUGCCGCAUCUGGAAGAGCGGUGCAAAGCUGCGAGUUGACAUCACACUGCUGGGAUUUGAGAACAUGAGCUGGGAACGAGGGAAGCGCAGUCUGAUCUUCAGGGGGGAAGAAGAUACUGGGAACUGGGCAGAGCUGAUCGAGGUGAACCACGAUGAGAAGGUGGUUGCCACAGAGCGCUUUGAGAUCACCCAGCAAAUCAAGCGCCUGACCUUAGACUCCAUGACCCCGAAGACCAAGGAGGUGGAGAGGCGGCUCACCUCUCCCAUCAUCAGCACUUCCCUGGACACAAGGAACAUUGCCUUUGAAAGAAAUACAUCCGGCUUCUGGGUCUGGAGAACUGAGAAGAGUGAAUUGGUGAGCGAUUAUGAUGCAAAGGUCUAUACGGCCAACAACGUGAAUGUUGUGACCAAGAUCAGAACAGAGCACUUGACAGAAGAAGAGAAGAGGAGAUACAAAGCUGACAGAAACCCCUUUGAAUCCUUUUUGGGAACCAUCGAGCAUGAGUACGGAGCACAACAGGACCUCACGACAGAAUACGCCACAACCAACAACCCUACAGCCAUCACUCCUGAGGAAUAUUUCAACCCUCAGUUUGACCUGAAAGACAGAGAUAUCGGGAGACCCAAAGAAGUGACCAUCCGGACUCAGAAGUUUAAAGCCAACUUGUGGAUGUCCGAACAGUUUCCCCUCUCCCUUGUGGAGCAGGUCACCCCCAUUGUGGACUUGAUGGCCAGAACCAGUGCACAUUUUGCUCAACUCAAAGACUUCAUCACCUUGGACUUUCCUCCUGGAUUUCCAGUUAAAAUCGAGAUCCCAUUGUUCCACAUCCUCAAUGCUCGCAUUACUUUUGGGAAUGUGAACGGUUGCAGCACAGCAGAAGAGGCGUCUCCCCAGGCUUCAGAUGGGGCACAGCAGCCAUCUGCCUCUGCCUUUGUGGUCGACCAGUCCGUCUUUGAGAUCCCUAAAUCCUAUCACAUUCAGGACGAUGGCAGGAAUGUCCGGGUGCAGGAUGAAGACAACGAGAUCAUGCAGUUUGCUAUCCAGCAGAGCCUGAUGGAGUCUGGCCAGAACAGAGAGGCUUUGGGACCAGACUUGAAUGGGGCUGUCUCUUACUCACAGGACCUCAACCUUCAGUAUCAAAGGGCUUUGCAGGAAAGCUUCUUGGCUACUCCAGCCUCCGCCUCUCUCCAGGAAUCUUCCAGUUUCGAUCGGGACCUGCGCCUGGCUAUGGAGCUUUCCGUUCGUGAGCAGCAGGACCUGGAGCGGCGGCGGCAGGAGGAGGAGGAGGCAGAGUUGCAGCAAGCUCUCCAUCGCUCCCUCCUUGACAAAUAGGCAGGCAGGCGGAGCUCCCGCAACCCUCUCUCUCUGUCUCUCAAAGCAAAAGGAAGAGCCUAAUCCUUUCUCAGUGCUGAGAAGCACAUGGGCUCAGCUGCCCAGGGCUGGCUGCACCUUGCGCCAGGCUACAAAUGUCCUUUGUGGGGACAAUUUGCAGCAGAUCUACAGGAGCCGUCCCACCUCUCAAGCUUCAU